AUGGUGAUCAUGUCGGAGUUCGGCGCGGCGCCCGCGGGCCAGGGCCUGGGCCAGCAGAAGCCGCUGCGCGUGGGCUUCUACGACGUGGAGCGCACCCUGGGCAAGGGCAACUUCGCCGUCGUGAAGCUGGCGCGGCACCGAGUCACCAAAACCCAGGUUGCAAUAAAAAUAAUCGAUAAGACACGCUUAGAUUCAAGUAACUUGGAGAAAAUCUAUCGGGAGGUUCAAAUCAUGAAGCUUUUGAAUCACCCACACAUCAUAAAGCUCUACCAGGUCAUGGAGACGAAGGACAUGCUCUACAUCGUCACCGAGUUCGCCAAAAACGGAGAAAUGUUUGAUUACCUGACUUCCCACGGGCACCUCAGCGAGGAGGAAGCGCGGAAGAAGUUCUGGCAGAUCCUGUCGGCCGUGGAGUACUGCCACAGCCACCAUGUCGUUCACCGGGACCUCAAGACCGAGAACCUGCUGCUGGAUGCCAACAUGGACAUCAAGCUGGCAGAUUUUGGAUUCGGGAAUUUCUACAAGUCGGGAGAGCCUCUGUCCACGUGGUGUGGGAGCCCCCCCUACGCAGCCCCCGAAGUCUUUGAGGGGAAGGAGUACGAAGGCCCCCAACUGGAUGUCUGGAGCCUGGGCGUGGUGCUGUACGUGCUGGUCUGCGGCUCCCUGCCCUUCGAUGGGCCCAGCCUGCCGGCGCUGCGGCAGCGGGUGCUGGAGGGCCGCUUCCGCAUCCCCUUCUUCAUGUCCCAAGACUGUGAGACGCUGAUCCGCCGCAUGCUGGUGCUGGACCCCGCCAAGCGCAUCACCGUGGCCCAGAUCCGCCAGCACAGGUGGAUGCAGGCCGACCCCUCUGUGCCGCAGCUGGCCUGCCCGGCCCUCUCUGUGCUCAGCUGCGGCUCCAACCUGGGCGACUACGACGAGCAGGCGCUUGGCAUCAUGCAGGCCCUGGGCGUCGACCGGCAGAGGACUGUGGAGUCCCUGCAGAACAGCAGCUACAACCACUUUGCCGCCAUUUACUACCUCCUCCUUGAGCGGCUGAAGGAGUAUCGGGGCAGCCCACCAGGGGCCCGGCCCGGGCUGGCCAGGCAGCAGCGACCCCGGAGCUCCGACCUCAGCGGUUUCGAGGUGCCCUCAGAAGGCUUUCCUGGAGACGCUUUCCGAUCUGCCCUGCUGUGCCCACAGCCCCAGACCCUGGGCCAGGCCGUCCUGCAGGCCGACAUGGACUAUGGCCUCCACGGCGCGCUGCAGCCCCUGCUCUUCCCCGUGGACGGCAGCUGCAGCGCAGGGCUCCGGCAGCGCCCCCUGUCGCCCAGCAGCCUGCUGGACACCGCCAUCAGCGAGGAGGCCGGGCAGGGCGCAGGCCUGGAGGAGGAGCUGGAGGCGCCGGAGGAGCCCUUGCCUGGCAGCACCGGCCGGAGACACACCCUGGCCGAGGUCUCCGCCUGCUGCUCCCCGUGCGCCCCUCCCUGCAUCGUCGUCUCCUCCGCAGCCGGCCCCUCCGACGGCACCAGCUCCGACAGCUGCCUGACCUUCUCCGCCGGCAGCGGCCCUGCGAUGUUCGGCGGGUGCCUGGCUGCCCAGGGGCUGGUGGGCACCUGCUCCCCACUUAGACUGGCCUCGCCACUCCUAGGGGCUCAGUCCGCAACCCCGGUGCUGCAGGCACAGGGGGCUCUGGGUGCAGCUACCCUGCUCCCCGUCAGCUUUCAGGAAGGACGGAGGGCGUCAGACACGUCGCUCACGCAAGGCCUGAAAGCCUUCCGGCAGCAGCUGAGGAAGAAUGCCAGGGCCAAAGGGUUUCUGGGGCUGAACAAGAUCAAGGGGCUGGCCCGCCAGGUGUGCCAGCCCUCCUCCUCCAGCCGGGCCACCAGAGCCGGCCUGAGCCCCUUGCAGCUGCCCGCCCCGAGCCCAGGCCUGGCCGGAGGUGGGGCUGGCGGCCGAGAGGGCAGGAGCCUGCUGGAAGAGGUCCUGCACCAACAGAGGCUGCUCCAGCUCCAGCACCACCCUAGCACCCUACCUGGCUGCCAGCCGGCCCCGCUGGCCCUUGUGCCCGCCGACGGCGCCCGGGCGCCCUCGCUCCCCAGUACCCUCCUCGUAUCCGGACUGCAGAAGGGGCUGGGGCCUGGCCCGCUGCCACCACCCCCCGUCCUCCAGGCCGGCGUCUCCCCGGUGGCAUCGGCCGCCCAGCUCCUGGACGCCCACCUGCGCAUCAGCCCGCGCGCCGCCCCGCUGCCCGCCGCCCCGGCCCUACCGCCGCACUUCGCCAUGCUGCGCCCCGGCCUGGAGCCGGCGGGGCUGCCUCAGGGGGACUGCGAGAUGGAGGACCUGACCGCCAGCCGGCGGGGCACCUUCGUCCUGGUGCAGUGAGGGCCGGCAGCGACUCUUCAAAGCAAUAAUUUCAGAGGACGUGAAGACGUUUCGGGACUGGAAGCCGGCGGCUCUGGAAGCAGAUCAAGCAAUACGUUUGGUGUUUGGCUUUUGGUUUAUUUUCUGUUUUACUGGUUUUCUUGCACUGAACAGCUGCAGCUCUGAGGAGGGUGGAAACUGGUGACGGGGUCACUGAGGG